AUGACAACACUUCCGCAGUACGAACCUUCAAGACAGCUACCGCAAGACGUCCAGAACAAUGAGCGCUACAUAUCGCCAUCUUCCAGCCCUGGCGAAAACGGAAAGAGAUCAUUGGAUCUGGUACAACGUCUAGAGAAGAAGUUGGCCGCGUACAAUGCAUCCCAGAAUGUUUUCAAGAGGUGGCUUUUUGAAUUAGCCAGCUGGCUAAUAAGCGCGGUGUGCAUGGGCGCGGUCAUCGGAAUCUAUAUCACCGUCAGCGGCCAGGAGAUGACCAAGAGCGAGCAGUCCCUCACGGUGGCCAACACACUAGGAAAGAUAGCAUCCGCUGCACUCAUCGUGCCGACCUCGGAAGCACUUGGACAGCUCAAAUGGAAUUGGUUUCAUAAAUCGAACGCUAUGUGGGAUUUCGAAAUCUUCGACAAGGCCUCACGAGGUGCAUGGGGCGCUACGCUGCUCCUCUUUCGAACAAAAGGACGGUCGCUGGCUGCCCUAGGAGCCCUACUAAUUGUGUUGCUGCUUGCUAUCGACACUUUUUUCCAGCAAGUGGUCACAUUCCCGGAUCGUUGGGCCCUGCAAACGGCACCAAGCUCCAUUCCCAUCGUCAAGACGUAUAGUCCGUAUUUUUCCAAAUACUUCAUCAAGGGUGAUGAGAUAGCCAUGUACGAUGAGGUCACCUCCCCCGUCAUCAAAAGCUACUUUUACGGAAACGGAUCGAUACCCGUUCCGUUCGGAAGUGGAUUCCGCCCGGAUAUACCGCUUUCCUGUCCUUCUAGCAAAUGCACUUGGCCUACUUACGAUACCCUUGCGACGUGCAGCAGCUGCGUGGAUGUUUCUCACGAUCUAAACAUCACGUAUGCCUGUCUGAAUACCACAAUUGAUUGGAGUGUCAAAUGGGAGGGCCCACUAGCAGAUGUACCAUACCCGGUCGGGAACGUUUGCGGUCAUUUCCUCAACCUUACGUCGGCUACGCCGAUACUUCUCUCAGGUCAUGUCGUGAGCGAAAACGGCACCACGAACUCAACUGAUGAGGUCUUGCUGGUGCGCACGAUUCCUCUGUCUGACAUGAACACGAAAGAACCCUAUUACGGCACUGGCUCCUUCGCAUUCAAAGACAUUCGCUAUCCCGUCAGUAUCAUCCUUAUCACCGACGGUCUCGUCGCAUCAGCAUCGAACGGGAUCGAUAGUGUAUACGGUCGCGAGCCUCCUGUGGUGCACGAGUGCAUGUUGUCUUGGUGCGUUCAGCGAGUAAGAUCAUCGUACGAGUGGGGCCUAUACAGCCAAACUACCGAGUCAACAUUCCUCAACAUUGCGACUGAUACUGUCCCUUGGCCAUGGAUAGUCGACGGCAACUGGUAUGAGUAUUCGCCAAACAUCACUCUCGAAGCGCCAGCCGUGGAUUAUCCUGAUACCAACAACACUUAUUCUGUGUGGAACGAGACAGCUUUCCAGAUCAUGGUCAUCUGGGACGAUUUCUUCCCGUCAUCCUACACGGCUGCGGGUAGGGGCUCAAAACCUAUAUUGAGGUUUAAAGAAUACCCUGACGGACCCGCUACUCGCUUCAUGGACUUCAAUCCCUGGCUAGCGCCAAGCAACGUUACGCGCCACAUGGAACGACUGGCAUCAUCCCUCACGAACGUUAUGCGGUCGAACACGAAGACUACUGAAGCGCUCCUCGGUGAGGCAUACGAUCGAGAGAAGUUCGUCCGCAUCAACUGGCCAUGGCUCAUAUUUCCGUUGCUUCUCCUACUACUGAGUUUGGUAUUCUUGGUCGCUACCAUCAUCAAAACGUCGAAUGAUACCGAGACGGGGGUUUGGAAGACUUCAGCCCUGCCUACGUUGAUCUACGGUCUACCACAAGAUGUGCGGAAGGAUAGCAUCUCGACCACAAGCUCGGAAAGCGCAUCGCCUCACGAUCCCCGCAAGGUUAGAAUUAGACUCUUGCCAAAGCAGGGCUGGAGAGUGUCGGGACAGGUGCACCCCGCAUCGACAGCUCCACCUGGCUUCAUAUAA